AUGGCUCCGGGAGAAGGCCCCACAGUAGAAGACUCUCCAGGAGAAGGAUCAACUCGUGCAGCGGCCGCCGACGCCGCUUCGUCUCCUCCAUCCCCAACUUACUCCCCUCCUCGCCAGCUACAGGAUACUCCCUCUUCAAUCAUGUCCGUGUCUGACUAUCUGCCCGGAUUUUACCAGUUAAGGAUCCAUGGGAGCUGUCCCAACUGUAAGCACUGGCACAGGACUGCGACCGCACAGAUCUCCCGAGAUCCAGCCAAAUUCUCCGGUGUCCGCUGUGAGAAAUGCAACAAAAGGUGGUUCGGAAUCGGAGGGAAUGCUUCUCAUCCUUCGCUUGCGUCUGUCAAUACCCUGCCCGAGGCUGAAUGGAUUGAAUCCCCUAGUUACUCUGCGCUGCGUAACGCUCUCUUAGUCAAUGUCCAGACCUUGAGUGCAGUUGGUAGCGGCUCUUCUAGACUGGGUCCUGUUGCUGAGGAGAAUACCAGUCCGAUAUCACACCGGCCUGGCCAAGCCCUACAUUCCCGAAACCCAUCUUCGCGUAGUAAUGUCCAUCCACGGCCGAGUCCUACCAAGGUACCAGAAAAUGAGGAGAAGGCUGUCGUUCAGGAAGUUACACCCCCGGACGUCAAGCGCCAUCAAGUCAAACCAAGUCAGACUGUUGUUCCCGAGAUCGAAAAACCAAAGGCAACCCACACGCGCAGCUUCGACAAGGCUAAAAGCCGCGUUAAGCAGUUCAAGAAGAAGUUCGAGAAAGUGACUCAGCGAAUGAGAAGUGGCCUUACGUCCUUGAAAAAGAAGACGAAGAGGAGCAAGAAGGGAAAAGAAAAGAUCGACGAGCCAAAGAAUACCCAGGCCGUUCGCCAGGAAGAGGCGCUACGAACUAAGCCGGAUAUCACUGAGGACAAAGGAGUGGCCGAUACUCCCAAAGGCGAAGGCCAGCCCGAAGGAUCUGUAGACACCUCGUCAGGUAAAGGAAAGGCCAAAGAAGAACCAUUGUGGCCCGGGUCUACAAACGAGGACCCAGGACCGGCGGAUACUAAUGGAAUUCCUUCGCCAGAGCCUUCCCCACCACUUUCUGAUCCACAGGCACGGAGGCGUCGUCGGGACGCAGAGAUUGACUACGUGCGCAAGGAACUUACGAAGCUCAGUGCCUGCACAUGUGGACCCAACUGUGGGCCUGAAUGCCGUUGCAGGCACCACGGUCGGCCGGUCGGCCCCUUUCACCCUAGGCGCUCCCAGGACGACUCCUCCAUCGACUACUACAGUCAUCCCAGCAAUCCCGAUGCUGAGCCUCCUAUACCUCAAUUACCACAGACUGGGCUUAGAGGUUUAGGAGGGCUCAGGAAUUCUGCUGACUUUGACUAUUUCGGCGUCCAGUUCGAACACUCCGGGUCCGAGUCCCACUACCCUGGCAGCAUCGCUUCAGGACUCUCCAACCGCGUCUCCAUCGGCGCGAUCACGAUCGCGACGACGCAUAGUAGUAGCAACUUCUCAACAGCGAGGACCUACGUUGGCAGCGAAGGUAUGACGGCUACGUCGCCUCCGAUCACAAUGCUACGCCCAAGGCCUCAGUCUCUCCCACGCCCGCACUCUCGUUCGCCACGGAUUGCCUCGGCGUCGCCACCAACGUCACCUCUACGUGUUUCGACCUUCGCAAGGGCCCGUGAUAGUUAUGCGAGCUCUACGGACGACAGAGAUGAUGAUGGACCUGUUCAAGACGGCCUCGAUGAAUUUGGGACUACUCCGACACAGCAUAACUACAUUGAGGCACUAAGAAGCUUCCAGGAACACGAACGAGGACGCACCUUUUCACAGACUCACGGCCGCGACAACGAUAGCCAGCAAGGGGAUGCUAUCGCAAGGCACGACCAUGCGCCCAUAGUCAAUGGUCACGCGCCGAUGGUCAAUGGCCAUGAGUACGAACGAAGGCUCAGCGAGCCGACGAGCAGCACCGCAUGA